AGUAAGACACAACAAAUGUACUUAUGAGUUAACACUUGCACCGAGUGAGGAUUGCCGCAAAUAUGAUAUUUUUACCAAAACAGGUCAACCAUCUGAUAAACUUCUCAAAACUCUGCACCAAGAAGGCUUGAAAGAUUUGGAAAUCAAAAUCGCAAGAAUGAUUGAUGGACUACAGAUAAAAACUCUGCGACGGAUUCGAGGAGUCGAAAUGAAAGUGACCGAAGUCAUCAAAAAACUAGAUGAUAAAAUGAACAUUAUGGGAGAUGAAGGCCACAAGGAGGAGGUUGCCAUGGAAGUUAAUACUGAGAAAUGCCCAAAUGGGUAUAUAACAGUAGCUAACUGGGAGUCUUGCUACGCAUUUGGAUUGUUCAACGCAUCAUGGAAUGAAGCUAAACAAUACUGUGGAGCUAUGGGAGCUAAUUUAGUUGCCAUGGAAACAACCCGGGAGUUCUAUUUGUUGUCAUUUCUCAUCAGAAAUAAAGCAGAGUUAGAUGACAUGAAAGGUUGGUGGACGGCAGGACAAUUCGAUGGUCAGGACCGUCAGUGGAUGUGGAGUACAAAUCAUAACAAUAAGCCAUUUGCUUUCUUCAAAUGGGGGGCUGGGGAACCACAAGCGGAGAAAGUACAACAGUGUAUGCUUCUGUAUGGGUCAGAUGAUAUGUUAUGGCAUGACACACCAUGCACGGAGAGACUGAACUUUGUAUGUGAAUAUAAUAUAACAGAUAAGUAGUCAUUAAACGCUUCUAUAAUGAUACAGUAAGGGGUAUGGGGUGUCACUUAGAACUAAAACCCUGUCUUACUUCCUGGGAUUAUAAAUACUAAAGUAGGAUGGGUUGAAGCUAUAUUGACAAAACUGAGACUGGCUUUCAUUGAUAGGAGGU